AUGCACGUUGGUGCGCGUAUCGCAACCUCUCAUUUUCACAAUCUCAGACUUGCUAUCCUCUCUUUUAACUCCAUACAAACCGUCGUCUGGUACCUGUUCUCGGCAUGGUGGUUUAGCGAAGUCUAUAAAUGGUCUUCCUCGGCCGAUGCUCAAUUGAACUGGGUGAAUCCCGGAAAGUCAUAUGAACGAUCACACCUGAACGAACGACCGAUAUAUCUUCAUUGUUUUUUCAUUAUGCUGGCUCUGGUCCAGUCAUCAAUACAUCUCUACUUUGACAUGGAUGAGGUCCCUGUUCCUGUUGCGAAGCGAAGUCCCUUAACGACCAGCCGGAGAACGCAUCGACUGGCCCCUCUCUCUGUGCAGUUUAGCAACAUUGCGCCAAAUAUUCUAUUUGAAUCGGCCAUAAUUGGCUCUGCGACUGCAGUUAUAGGUCCAAUACUCUACAUGCUCUUCUUCCGUCGGACCGCCUGGAGCUGGACACUUUACUUUGCAAAGCUGUUUUGGAACUUUCCUCGAUCAGCAGCUGAUCCACCCGGUCUACUUCCACCGUCCAAUAUAAUGUUCCACCUGCGGUCUGCGACAUCAGGGUCCCUGCUUGUGAUGCUAUGGCAGAUAUCAAAUUUCUUGUUCUCUGCAUUCCUGGGUCAAGCGCCGCUGAAGAAGGGCAAUCCACUCACACAUGGUGCAGCAGACCCUAAUGGAAGCCUUAUUAAUGGACUUAAGUCAAAAAAGGAGACAGUGCUAGCCUUUGCCUUUUGGGAGCUUUGCCUUAUCAGCCAAGAAUUUCCAGACAGACGGAAGGAAAUAUUCAGAGAUAUUGAUAGAAGCGGAGGCUCAGCGUGGAGUCAGAUAUUAAAGGCAUCAGAGGAUAUUCUCAACGGAAUUACAUCUAGAAUACAAGAGUAUCAAAACCCUCAGCCACAAGCUGCAGGCGCUACCGAUGGCCCAAAGGAGUCUGGGCCAAAAACGCAGGAGAUGGUACAAACUCUGCCUCGAAUUACACAGCCAUCCAAGAACGAGAAUAUCUUACUUGCCUCACCCAAACCCAACACUCGGUCGGAAAAAUUUGAGGCUGCGUUUGGCCCCGUAGCUAAGUCUUAUGGACAAUCACAGGAUUGGACGCCUGCAGCAAAGGCCAGAGCUCGUGCAGCUAUCACUCACGCCUCCAAUGCUCUGUUAAGCCCCGAGCAGAAGCGCACUAUAUCCAAUUCGGCACAGGAAUUAAAGCUCCUGACGAGUCCUCCGAGUGCAAGCGGUCCACCUAACCCCAUAAUACAACAGUUCAUGAAGUCCCCAGUUGGGUUACCUUUCAGGCAGUCAUUCGCGAAUCGCCUACGAGGGAUUGCACUAGGCUCCCCGCAUUCCAAACUUGCACCUAUUAUUGAUGCUACGGAGUCUCUCAAAUGCCUGCUUAUAGCUAGUUUGGAGGAAGAUCAGUUUGGCAAAGUCCAGGCUGAUGUUCCUUCUGUGGUUAAGCUGUUUACAAAAACGAUCAUGGUUCUAGAGUCACUUGUUGGUAAGGACGGGCUGAAACCCCACUGGAGCGAAGUUGACUCAGAGAGCUUGGAUGGAGUGCAACAUUCGCGAUCAGUAGAGCAGGUUGAAAUUGUGAUUAAUGCUCUUAAAAAUGGGUUAUCGGAACUAUUGGCGGCGUUCAGCUUAUAUUUGAACGAGGUUGGUGUUGUAGGACAGGAUUUGCAACUAGCAAGAGAAGCAGCGAAGAUAACUGAUGUAUAA